AUGGUGCAGGUGUCCAAGCCUUUAGUAAUUGCUGGUGUCUCUACCGUGGCUGCGAUUGCCUUUGUGAUUGUAGCACUUACUCGCAACAAAAGCUCUAAUGACUCAAAAAAGACGACGAAACAGGACGAGAGCGUCCAGGAAGUGCCCAAUUUGCAUAAGGAACAGCUGCUUAGUAUUCUCGAGACCAUUUGUACGCAAAUGGGACAAGUUGUGAUGCAAUUGGCCAAACUGGAGGCCAAGAUUCGUCAAGAAUCUUCGCAAAGCGGGCGGUCGUUGCCCGAGGAUCAGCUGGCUUCGUACCUUAUGGGCCAGUUCGAGGAAGCCAUGAAGGCUAUAGAGUCACAGGUGUAUGCCAAGUUUCAGACCACGGAAGAAGAGGUCAAGAUAGCCACCGAGUACUUUGAAGAAGAUGAUGACAAGGACGUGGCCAAUGCGGUGGCCAAGCUGCAGGAGCUCUACCGUGUUAUGACGGGAGGCGGUUUCAGUGAUGUGGAGGUCCCCGCUGAGCUUACGCUUACCAAGUUUAUUGAGAUCAUGCAAGAGACCAUGGAGUCGCUCAACGUGGCCAUGGAGGAAGUCUGCCUUGAGGUCAAGGAACUCAAUCCAGAUAACAAGGAAGAGGCCAUUAACCAGAGAUAUGUCAAGCGUGCAGACAAUCUGUCGGCUGAGAUUCAUGCCAAGCACGGACUCACGCGUGAGGUGCUCCAGGCUGCUAUGAUGAAGUACCAGCAGGAGCCAGCCUUCCUGAUGGCGAUGACGGAGCUGCAGCAGCAGCAGGCGGAGCGUUUUGCGGCGGCUGCGGCCAUCUUUAACGGAGAGGUGAACAUGGGUUUGACCGAAUAA